AGCGAAGUGUCCUUGACAAACACCACAUUUACGAUUUUGUUUGUCUCACCCCAAAGAUGCAACAGUUCCAAAGAAACACUGAAGUAUAGCCAACCGGGAUAAAAACGAUGGCGCUAUAUCCAGCGGGCUCACAAGAUUUGGUACAUAAGUAUACGUUCGACCACGAACUGCAGCAUUCACCAUACGGCAGAACAAAACCCUUUCACUCCCAAUACGAGGGGCGUCAACGUAGUAAUCGCCCCCAUGGCAUGAUGUCCAAUUACCCAAAUCAUGGGACAGCAAAUUUCGGAGCGCCAUUUCAACUCUAUGAUGGGGUUAAUUCCAACCAAAUUUAUGAGUCUUCCCCAAACUACAAAGGCUCUAAGUCCGGGUCAUUCAUGAAUUUGGCCGUGUCAUCACAUGGACAGCUAAAUGACCGACAUCGCGGACGGAAACUGGGCCAAGCAGUCUCCCAGUUGGCAUCCACUAAAUCCAUUUCAGAUAGGAAUAAGUCUCUGGAAUCUUUCAACUCCAAUUGUGGUGUUUACCCUAUGUCAUCUCGAAGAGAAAUCUCCAAUAAUUUCGGAUAUGGUGAUGGUUUUGUGGACAAGACUACAAAGAACAGCGAAGUUAAGCGCUAUACGGUGCCAGAUUAUCGAUCAGGCUUCAACCACUGGCUUACUUCACGUGAUUUCUCCAACCAUGCACGCGACACUUACCAGAGAGCCUCUAAAUAUUAUUUGCCAUUAUCCAUUCACGAUGGACAGCCUAUAUAUGAGACAGCAGUAGGGUCAACCUAUAUGAGCCCAGUGAAGUACACCAGUGAUAGGGUCUACUCCAGCUCUUCAAAUGGCGCUGUGAAUGGUUUACGAUUGGACUACACUCAUCAUCCCCACGAAUCACAACCGGACGUGAGACCUAACAUUAGGGACGAACUAUCUCCCAAGCAAUCAGUAAGCCUGUAUGCGUCUAACGGACUGCCUCUAGUUACCUCUCCGCAGUCGCCCAACCUAAAAUCGCAUAACGGAUUUCCUGGAUCAAACGGUUCGUCAACCUGCGCAGCAGCUUUGGAUCCGAACCUGAAUGAUGUGCACCAACACUUCGAUGAAAAGAACGAUCUCGACGGCCCAAGACCAUUGACCCCACACCAAGCACUUAAGUUGUAUUGGAGGAGACUGAGUCAAGUGGAGAGGACUGAGAUUCUGAGUUACCCAGAAAUUUAUUUCCUCGGGCUGGAUGCUGCCAAAAUAGGAAUGAACGACAAGCCCAGCGCAAACGACGGUGCCGAUUGUCUCAAGAAGCGCUCAUCAGAUAAUCAAGGCUUUGACGAUGAUCAGUCGGGAUACAAGCUUGUACUUAACGAUCACAUUGCUUACAGGUAUGAGCUGAUAAAACUACUAGGAAAAGGAAGUUUUGGCCAAGUAGUUCAGGCACGAGACCACCGAGCUGGAUUUGACGUCGCCUUGAAGAUCAUCAGAAGUGAGGAACGCUUUGCUCGUCAAGCUCAGGAAGAAAUAAGCAUUUUGCAGGCUUUAAACGAGGAGGAUGCUGACGGCCAUUAUAAUGUUGUGAAAUUACUUGACCAUUUCGUUUUUCGCCGGCACGUCUGUAUGGUUUUCGAACUACUGAAUCUGAACCUGUAUGAAAUUCUUCAAAGGAAUGAUUUCAGGGGCCUUUCUCAAGGGACUGUCAGCAAGCUGACACGAGGUAUCCUGGAAUGCAUGAAUCUGCUGCUUAAGUAAAAACAAUAUUAUUCACUGUGAUCUGAAACCGGAAAAUGUGCUUUUAAGGAGCGCUGCUCGUUGUGCCAUCAAGGUGAUUGAUUUCGGUUCCAGCUGUUAUGCGAAUCAACGAGUGUACACCUAUAUCCAGUCACGGUUCUACCGAGCGCCGGAAAUCAUAUUGGGAAUGGAAUAUGGGCCACCAAUUGACAUGUGGAGUCUUGGGUGUAUUGUUGCUGAAAUGAUUACUGGUACACCGAUUUUCCCUGGAGAGGACGAGGCAGAUCAACUGGCAAGAAUAAUGGAGCUAAUAGGAGUUCCACCUAGAAGUAUGCUGGCAGCUUCUGGAAGGGCCAACAAAUUCUUUACACCUAGCGGUGAACCGCUUUAUGCACUUGACCAGUUAAGCGGAGCAGGUUAUUUCUCCGAUAACCGUAACGGGAAUAUCCAGGCAUCCCACCCUAGUUCGGCACGCAAAUCACCCAGAGAAAUACGAGGAUUGCCAAACUCCAUUGAUUUAUUGACAGCCCUAACAAUGCAUAAACGGUCGUCCGUGUGCUUGCCUGGGGAAGAAAAUUUGUUCCGCCAGCAGUCUCGCUCGCUUGUAGGUCGCGUGGAACCGGUGGAUGCGGACCUACUGGACUUUUUAGGCAGAUGUUUUCAAUGGAUACCCAGUCACCGAAUGAAUCCCAUUGAAGCGCUUAAUCAUCCAUGGAUCACCAAGCGCCGCACCAUGUCUUCGGUGGAUAAAAAACCCACACAUUCUCCGCAGUUCAACUCGAACGGAAAUGGAGGUAUCAAUGUUCCGAAUGGCCUCAAGAAACUGACUAGCAUAGAUAUACCAGACUCUGUCAAGGCAGUUUUUGGGGACACAGAAGAACUACUUCGUAAGAUGCAGAAUGUUCGAAUCAGGAAGGGAUCGCUGCCAUUAGAAGACGACAUAACACCAACACGACGUUACAGCCAACUUUCACGAGGAGAGCGAAGUUCUUCAAAAGGCAUUCGGCGAUUUUCCUCUUGUCAGGAAACUAUCCGUCAUUUAAUGGAACCUUUAGAUAAUUUGGAAUUCCCUCGUAAGUUAUCCUCCAGGUAUUAUAAUCGUCCUUCUAACUCGAGAAAUUACCGGGAAUUUCUGAGUAAUGGCGGUGACAUAUACCCGGACGUUCAUAGUUCACCGAUAAAACGCACAGAAGACGAAGUUGACAGUUAUCGGAGACAUCGACCAAGACGACCAUCCAACCGACAACGUGAUAGUUUGCUUUUGCGGGUGGACGAUUCAAGAUCAAGGCGGAUAGGCGGAUUGUUUGAUGGAUCUGCAUAAGGCUGCAGCUAACUGAUAAUCAGUUGAAUCAGUCUUUCAUCAAUAUUCCUGCACAAUGCCUUUCCCUUCUACAACUAUGACCCACCAAAAACGACAAAGCCCGUUUACUCUCUAGGCAAUGCCUCCCGCCUUCCAACACGCCCCAUUCCUCUUCCAAAUCCUUCCCGGCUGCUAAAUAUCCUCAAAGCUGUUUUUAUAUCCCUGUGGACUUGAAUCCAUCAUGUCAAAGCGUCUUUCCACUUAUUUAAAGAUAUAACUUGUAAAUAAGUACACAUUUUCCAAACAACUCCACCAAACGUGUCAACAAAUGUGUGACCGGACACGUGAAAACAAUGUGGCAAUGAUUUAACUUUAGAAUUUGGACAAGAUAUAAGGCUUCCAUGUGCAAGGUUAUUUUAUUAUACCAUAAUAUAUUCCUACCA